AGACAGUUUACUCUGAAGCAAAGGGUCCAACGAUGACGGCCACUUUACUUGGCUUGGAAGGGCCGCAUCUCAGCGCGACGGAGGGUGUGCAAACAAAAAGUGUUAUCCAACGUCGCUUUCACGCGGUUAUUACCAAAAGCAAGAGAGAAGAAGUAAUACCAGAUCGGCGGCGGCCGAAGAUCGCGAAGCAGCAAACUAGGCUGGCAUGUCAAAAGGGGCCUGUUCCAAAUACGGAUAGCAAAACCGUGGCAUCCGGCGCAGCAUUUUAACGGGGUACAUACAGUCAGUCCUUCAUAGUAUUAUGUAUAUUCA